AGCGACCGGUCGCAUAUUCAACUACAAAACAGUCGUGAAAUUUCGUUCAUCGGCGCGGAUACACUCGCGUCUCCGUGCCUUCUCCGAUCCGCCGCGAAGCGAAUCGACUCAACUACGAUGCGAUCGUAGGCUCUCCUUUGGUACCAACACGAGGAGGUGCAGGUCGCGAAGAGGAAGAGGAUAGAAGUGGACGAGCGGAGGCGAUAAGGGAUAUAUAAUAUGAGGCUCCUCUGCAUGGCGAUUGCCAUCGUGAGUGCAGCGUUUCUCUUGACAAUCGUGUUGGACGGUGUACGUGGCGCUCAGGGCAGCAAAGUGUCAAAGCGGGCGAAGCCCCUCGAUCCCGACGAGGACGACUAUUACUACGAUGAUCCCGUGGAUGAGAGGAACAAUCCGACGAACGAGGCCCCGGUCGUGCCACCUGGAUUUCUGAGCCCGUCCGUGCGGGAGUACCUCGAUCUCGGUAAAUCGAUACCCGGUCGACCAGGCACGGAUUAUCCAGUACUGGGAAAGGUACCUUACACGAAUUUCUACUGCGACGACCAGUCUUUCCCCGGUUUCUUCGCCGACGUAGAGACGAGAUGCCAAGCGUGGCAUUAUUGCGACAUAGACGGCCGACAAGCAACGUUUCUCUGUCCGAACGGCACGCAAUUCAGCCAGGCGGUCUUCGUUUGCGACUGGUGGUUCAACGUAAGGUGCGAGCUCAGCCCGAAGCUUUACGCCAUCAACAGUCGACUUUACGGUACGCCCACCGAGAGCCCGACGAGACCUCAUCGACUGAUUACGAAGGAGCUUUUAGAGAAUAUAUUCGUGCGUAGGAAAUGAAGAAAGCGAAUGGCACAAAUACUCGUCUUGAAAAGAAAGAAAGAAGGGAAAACACGAUCAUUACCUUAGAAGAAAAGUGUUUUUCUCGCAAUACAGGAAUUGUAAAAACGCUGCGAGAUUACCGGCGCCUCAAAAAAUAUCUUAUGAGUCUCCGGAUACAUGCAGAAAAUUAUUUUCUCUCUUUAAUAAAUCUGUGACUCGGAUCUUCGUAUCUUUUUCCAACAUGCGGAAGCAUUCGCAGUCAUUUAACUAUUUCAUCAUAUCAAUAGAAGUUAGCAAUGGGAUGCCCGAGCCCCGUCACGAUUGCGGAACUUUCAAAGGAAACGAAGAGACGAGAGCAUCUGAUGAUCGCGAGAACACGGACGGCGCGAUUAUUCGUGACAAUCGUGAAUUCUGCGAAAGGUUGUCACAAGAGCAUCGCGGGGCUGCCGUCGACGAUAGCACAUUCGAGCCGCUGAAUCGCACGAGCGUUCUGGGGAAAUUAUCGGUGGAUAAAUUUUUGCCCAAUGAAUAUCGAAAUGACGAUCUUCG